AUGAGCAAAGCAGUACUUACGGCCGCACUGGGCUCGGCCGUGCUAUUCUUGGCCGCCCAGCCGGCCUCCGCGACAGCGGCUCACCGUCGCGCUCACGACCAUUACAGCAACAACCACACUCACGACGAGCAAGAUGCCCAAGAACUUGGGCUACUCAAGCCGCGUGGCCGGCUCGUCAACAGAGCCGGCCAAUGCGCCUUUCCAGAGGGCGAAGCCGGCCUCGUAGCCAUCACUCCGGGCUCGAAGAACAGGGGCUGGGCCUUGAGUCCCGACCAGGAGUGCACUGCAGACUCAUAUUGCCCUUUUGCUUGCGAACCAGGAAUGGUCAUGAACCAAUGGAAGAAGGGGACGACGUAUGUGUACCCUGAAUCCAUGUAUGGAGGGUUAUACUGCGACAAAUCCGGCAAUAUCGUCAAGCCAUUCCCGGAUGAGCCGUAUUGUGUGCAAGGCGUUGGAUCUGUCAAGGCCGUCAACAAGUGUGGCAAGGUGGUCGCAUUCUGCCAGACUGUGCUUCCUGGGAACGAGGCCAUGUUAAUUCCAACACGUGUAAUGGACAGCGCGACCAUUGCUGUGCCGGGACCGUCUUAUUGGGACUCGACCGCCUCGCACUUUUACAUCAAUCCUCCUGGUCACACGACGGAGGAGGCCUGUCUCUGGGGCACGGGUUCGCAAAACAUUGGAAACUGGUCGCCUUAUGUUGCUGGAGCUAACCAGGAUACGACUGGAAACACAUACGUCAAGCUUGGUUACAACCCCAUCUACACAGACUCAUUCCACGGUGUCAAACCCUCCUUCGGCCUGAAGGUCGAGUGUGACGGGAAUUGCAAUGGCCUGCCUUGCGCUAUUGAUCCCAGCUCUGACGGCUUUGGGGUUGUCAGGAGUGCCACCGCAGCUUCCGGCGCUGGCGGCGCCGACUUUUGUGUGGUAACAGUUCCCAAGGGGUCUACGGCAAACAUCGUGGUCUUCAAUACCGAUGGCUCGACAGGUGAUGCGUCAAGCUCGUCAUCUUCUGAGGAAGCUGCCACCACAUCCCAAGCUCCGAAGAAGGCGAAAAUCGCCGUGGCCACCACCCCCUCGAGCUCAACGCCAACUCCGACAGAGGCAACCUCAAGCACGAGCACGAGUAGCAGCUCUUCAAGCUCGUCAAGUAGCUCUUCGUCCACUACUAGCAGCAGUGCCACCAGCAGCUCGACCCCGUCAUCCACACAGACCCCUAGUACCACCUUCGCAUCGGCGACGUUUGGUGGUAUAUUCCAGGAGAGCGGAAGGGGAAGAAGCACGCAGUCCGUGACGGCUGUCACGUCUGCAGCCGAACUGGCGGAAGCCACGAGCGAAGCUGCGCCCGCUGCAGAAAUUUCAUCCAAGAAUGACGCAGCAAAUCCAGACCAGGGACAAGCAGCCUUUGCCGGCUUCGUCAUUGCUUUCAUCGCCGCCGCAAUGCUGUACUAG